ACAUUCAGCGACAGAAUGCGAUAUUCAUGAGGAAUCUACAGCUGCCUGAAACUCCCAAAAGAGCUGUAUCGCUGGGCAUAACUAGUAACAUUGUCAAUAGAAAUAUCGGAAUAAUAAAUUGGAUUAUUAGCCUUCCAAUAAUGUAUAGGUAAUUAAUUAAUUUUUAUUGUUGAUUUUAUGAGUAGUUAUGAUUAUAUCAAACAGCACGACACAUUACAUAUAUAUAAUGAAUUAAUAGUCGCUAAACAAAACUGCUGGAACAUAUUGUGUGGUCGUUAUAAUUAUUACGAUAAUUUUGUUGUUAGUCUAAUCUAAUUUGAUGUAUUGAAAAUUAUACAAUGUUAAAAUUAGGAAACUGUAAAGCACUGUAUAUCACAUACGAAUGUUUUAUGAUCAUCUGCAUAUUUUCAAUAAUGUUCUUCAUUUGGACUAAUUCCUCUGCUGAUACGGACUACAAGUUUGCACCAAUGGACAACAAGAAAUUGCCUGAUAUAUAUUAUGCUAAAGGUAUGAUCGAUUUAAGAAUUAGUGAUAGACAUACGCGGCAGAAGAUACAUUACAGAAGAAAACGUGACCUGAAGUUCAUAUUAGUUUGGUCCGCAAUGACAUCACUUCCUUUUUCUGUUAUGAAGCAAGGGCGACGUGAUUUUGAGAGGCUACGAUGUCCCAUCACGAAAUGUUACGUCACAUCUAACGUUAGUUUUUUCAAUGACGUAAGAGAUUUCGACGUCAUAGCAUUUACGGGAAGCAACAUGGAUAAAGAAUUUUUACCUGAAAACAGAGCUCGGUUCCAGAAAUACAUUUACUUCAACAUGAACAGCAGUGCCUCGUGUCCUGUUAACGACGCAGAAUUUGAUGGGUUCUUUAAUGGUACGGCGACUUACAAACUUGAUUCUGAUCUUCCUCUUCCCCAUAUACUAGUAAGGGAUGAAUAUAAUGUUGACAUUGGUCCGAACAUACAUAUCAAUUGGGAAAAACCAAAAAACUAUAAUCCAUCCUUUGUUCAAGAUAUUAAAUUUAAUGAUAAGAAGCAGGCAGCUGUAAUUUAUAUGUCCGAGUGUAAAUCGUUAAGUCCAAGAAAAUAUAUGUUAGAGAGAUUGCAAAAAGAACUUAUUCAGUUGGGUUAUGCGAUUGAUGUGUGGGGCCCGUGCGGGUAUUUUAAAUGUAAAACAAAUAUGUCUGAAUGCUACGAAAAGUGGAAGAAGAAUUAUUAUUAUUAUUUAGUUUACGAGAGUGUGCUGGACGUUGAUUAUGUUAGCGAUAAUUUAUUGAUACCCCUGAAGAAUAGUUUGGUACCUGUUGUGUACGGCGGAGCUGACUACACUAGGUUUCUACCUCCGGAAUCAUAUUUGAACGCGAUGAAGCUAUCCCCGAAGCAACUAGCCAAAAUAAUGGUGAAUCUAAUACGAAAACCGGAAAAGUAUCUUCAGUACUUUUGGUGGAAGUCGUACUAUUCAUUUCACGAUCCAAAAGUAAAUGAAAACAUAUGCAACAUAUGUUCUGCGGUCCACAACAACCAUUACUGGAGGAGGACGGAAAAGAUGAAAAAGUUUAGAGUAUGGUGGAACAUUAACUACACUGCUCUCGUCUGAUCGUUUUCCCGUUUUAUUCCAUGAAGCGUCAGAGCUCAGAAAGCCAUUUUGCUAUUUCUCUUUCCACACUUCGCACGGUCAUUCUAGAGCUUUGACCAAAAACACGUGCACGUGCAACAUGUAAGUACAUCUAGUUAAUGUAAAAAAUAUGUCUGUAGCUUUGGGCCGUGUAAAUUGUAAACCAAAACUUACUUCAGUCGUUUAUUAGUUUUUGAUUGUCGCAAAAAGAUAGACGCGACGGUUAUUAUUUGUUAUGUCCGUAAUUUUGUGUGCAGUUUGAUGUAAGUAAAAUUUUACAUAUAAUUUUUUUUAUAUAGGUAAAGCGUUACAUGUUCAACAGCGGACUUAGCCAUGUACUAUGAGCUAGGCGAUGAGUUUUUUUGUUAGGCGUAUUGUUAGUUUUUUAAAAGAUCCUUUUUCUAGAAGACCUUUAU